AUGUCUCAUAAUAGAAGACUUGCAUCAUUGUAAUUGAUUUACAUUUGUGAAAAGUAACUAUUAUAGAUUCUGUGUCCGAAUUAACUUUUCACGAAUGUCAGUCUGUAAGGGAGUCUUUGUUUCAUUCUGAAACCACAAGGGUGUAAGCGUUUUAUUCUGAAACCUGUAGGUCUUCUUGUUCUCUCACUAAACCUGAGGGGUUUCAAUACAAACCUCUUCUUAUCAUAAUCAUGAAACCCCAGUUUCGAUUUGAGGGUUUUUGAUUUGGGGGGCGAAAAUACCCAUCGUAUCUCCGAUCGAAGCUAUUACUUGCAGCCUCAGUGUUAAAAUGCAGGCUUUUCGUGGGAGUAUCCGGCUGGUUCAAAGGCAUAACUUCACGAAAGGAUUCGCUUCGUCCAACUUUAUGGGUCAUCCAUUCGAUUCUUUGAAGAAUUCCUUUCUGCGAUCGCUCCACGAGUUCGCUUCUUGCUCUCAGCAGGUAAAAUUUUGCUCCCAAACUGAGUCAUUGACAUCGCUCAACUAUUAUGGUAGAAGUACUAGGGCUGGAUUGUUUCAACAAGGGAUAAUGGAGUCAACUUUCGCUAGCAGGUGCCUUACUACGAUGGGAAAUUCUGAUGCAUCAGCUUCACAAGACUUUUCUGCUGCUCCCCGCAUCAAAUUUAAGAGGCUUGAUAAAACUGCUAGGCACAUAAUGCAGAUUUUGGAUAAGGAAGCAGUGGAGGAAGUGAAGGGACAGAGAGAGAUACCUGAUAUAAAGCCUGGUUAUAUCGUGCAAUUUAAAGUGGAAGUCCCUGAGAAUAAGAGACGUGUUUCGGUCUUAAAGGGCAUUGUUAUAGCAAGGCGUAAUGCUGGUCCAAAUACUACAUUUAGAAUAAGGAGGUUGGUAGCUGGUGUUGGAGUUGAAUCUCUCUACCCGCUGUACUCGCCUAACAUAAAGGAGAUAAAAGUGUUGGACAAGAAGAAAGUGAGGAGGGCCAAGCUUUACUAUCUCAGGGACAGGAUGAAUCCUCUUAAGAAGUAGUUGGAAGCUUUAUGAGUGGGAAAAUAACUGUUAGGUCCUUGAGAAAGAUGGUGGGGUUGUAUGGCCUUGGCAAGAAACGUUUUGAAGUAUUUGUAUAUCCAUUUUUCCCUUUUUUCUUAUUUAAGGGAAAGUUUUUUGGAUUUUUGUUUAUUGCCCGAGUCUAGAAGAGGCGAGGAUUUCAGAUUUCCAGUGGGAUAUGCAGCAGGCUUCCAGAACCGUUAGAUUUUUCGUUCUACAACUAUCUGAUUUCAUAAAGGAUGUACAUUGUAUGGCAUGGCUUCUUGUUUGAUUAAUGUAUCCAUUAAAAUUAUUAUUAUUAUUAUUAUUAUUUUUA